AUGGCCAUAAUCGGAGCCACACUAUUUAUUCUCUUUGGCUUGGUCCUUCUAGUCGACUGCGCGUACACAUGGAACGAGAAAUGCUUAGAGAGAUGGGACGAAUCUGGUGACAACAAAUGGAAAUAUAUUUUGAUUGGAUCCACUCUCACUCUCUACAUCGGAGCUCUCAUUUUAACCAUUCUCAUGUACAAAUACUUCGCCGGCUCUCAAUGUCACAUGAAUCAAUUCUUCAUUACGUUCAAUUUAAUUCUCUGCUGUCUAGUCACCUUUUUGUCUGUCCACCCCACUGUGCAAGAGCAGAACUCUCAAUCCGGACUGUCACAAUCUUCGAUGGUAGUGAUUUACUCGACCUAUCUCAUCGCUAGCGCUGUGGUCAACGAACCAGACGAUCAUUUUUGUAAUCCGUUGAUACGCUCUCGUGGCACUCAGACAGCAACAAUGAUUACGGGUGCACUAUUCACAUUCCUUGCAAUUGCAUACUCCACGUCCCGCGCAGCAACACAAGGCAAGGCAUUAAUUACUAAAUCAGAUUACCAUCCUUUGAAUACCGCCACUGCUGUUCCACUUGUUACUAACAUCCCCAACGGAUCCUCAUCCUCCUCGGGGCGUUCCGACGCCUUGUUGGCUGCCGUUGAGACUAUGUACGUUGCGAUGUUAUUGACCAACUGGAACACAAUAAGCACCUCGAAUUCUGAUGAAUUGGUAAUCAUAGGGCAGAGUUAUACUGCCGUGUGGGUUAAGACAGUUUCUAGUUGGGUUUGUCUGCUGAUAUUUGCAUGGACGCUUGUGGCUCCAGUGGUCUUUCCUGAACGGUUCACGGAAUAUCAGUAA